CCAUCUUCACGUGCUCACCACCUCCUUUACCGCCCCGCCAGAGGAUCCGGCGACACAGGGAUGAACGCAUUCACAGGGACAUGGUGUUCGUGAUGCCUUGCUUGGAUUUCAUCCCAGAGCACUAUGACUGCCACCUGAAGGGCGCGGACGGCCUGAUUCUCCUCCACCACGCAGCGCAUCGAGGGUGGCCCCCGCGUAAAGUUACCCUGCUGCUGCAGGAAGGCGUGAGCCCCCACGUGCUAACCCCCGACGGCUUGACCCCCGCUGACCUGGCACGGCGGGCAGGACGCGAGGAGACGCUGGCGGUGCUGACCCAGCACGUGUGUGGAAAGUCUUCCGCGUCGCCGGAGGAGCUGCAUGACCAGCUGCUUGGCCUCAUCAUCGAAAGAGACAACGUGAAGGAGGCGUCCCGCCUGCUGUGUAAGGGAGCCCCCAUCGAGUCCGUCGCCAGUGGUGGCAACUCACCUCUCAGACUGGCCGUGAUACUUGACCGCUGCCGCACGACCAACCUGCUGCUGGCGUGCGGCGCAAUGCUUCCUGCCAACUUGCUGCAGGAUGCCUGGCUGAGCCCCGACGUGACCUCCGGGGUGCUGGCCGCCCUCACCGCCACUUACUUGUGUCGGCUGCGGGCGGAACGGGGCCGUGUCAAGGCGCUUGUAGAGGGCAUUGACGCUCUCAUGAAGACUAUCGAGGGAGAUACCCCUUGGCGUGCUGCGUGGCCCGAGGACGAGCCACAGGCACUCAGCGCCCUCAUGGUGGAGGCUGUGCGCGCCAGAUGUCCCGUGAGCGCGGCCUUCCUGCACCGGGCCGGCGCGUGGUCCUUCCUCAGCGGGGAGUGGGGGACCAGUGCCUUGGCCACCGCGCUGGAAGAGGGCCACACGGACAUGGCCGAGCUGCUCGUGAGGCACCUGGGAAGCAGCAUCUAUGCCGACGUUCGUCUUUUGAGCGGAGCGAUGCCGGAGGCGGAGCGGCGACGACUGGGGCAGUAUCAGUACCAGAGGGAGUUGGUGAUGCUGGAGGACUUGGUAAUUCGCCAGAAGUCGGAGCGCGGGAAGGAAGCGGCGCGUCUGGCACUGCAGCUGCAGGAGAAGCUGCACGACAGCCAUGUGGCAGGCCGUCGCUACGAAGGCCUCCCGCGUGCUGCCGGACGCAGCGUCCUGCAGCUGUCUGUCAGGAAAGGCCUCGUGCAGCUCACGUACCUGGUGGUGCAGGUGGGCCGCCUCCCGGUUGACGUGACUCUUGACGACAUUUGCGGCACCACCGCUCUCCACAAGGCCGCCUCCCACGGCAAGGAUUCUUGCGUCGCGCUGCUGCUCGGCGUCGGUGCAGACCCGCUUCGACGUGACAGGUACGACCAGACGCCCCGUCUCCUGGCCGCCAUGUUCGGCCACAAGAGCACCGAGCAGCUGCUGGCACUACACGAGCCGCGUGACCCCAGCUGCCGUGCGGGCACAACCGCCGAGCAGGCAAACCACAACUAUGACAACUACCUCCGGAGAUACGAAAAGCUUGGCAGCGAGAAACGGGAGUCCCUGACGCCCAUUGACCGUCACUACCCAGAGCGAGUCACGUGCAGGCUCAUGGAGGCCAUCGGAGUCCAGGAGCUGUGGGAGAGGGCUGGUGAAGCUCUUGUGGAUUUUUCCCGUGGUGAGGCCCGCGAGGUGAAGGACGCAGUGAUGAAGGAGCUGCAUUCCAUUAUAGAAAAGAUUGCGCAGGAAGACAGUCUGUACAACGGCAAGCUAAGGCUGGUGGGCAGCUCAGAAGAUGGGUCAAAAAUAUACUGCCCCGACGAAAUGGACGUCAACCUUCUGAUUACGCCGAAGAACGUCAAAGUCGAGGUGGAGGAGACCCCAAAGGGACUGGCGCCAGCCAAGGGGAAGUAUAAGAUGUCCAUUGUGGCCGACGCGCCCGGUCUCCAGGGAAACAAGCUGAUGGACAACCUGUUCCUUCUGUUGCACAAGUGCCUCGCGAAGUACACACUGCAGGAUGAAAGGCUGAGCUUCGUGCCGCCCGGCCUGAGCAGCACGCAGGUGGGCGCUGCCCUCGCCCUGGCCUGGCAGGGGAAGGAAUAUCCCCUCCUCCUGGUCGGUGUGGAUCUCGUGCCGGUGCUGGAGCUGCCGUGGCACGAAAAAAUAUCAAAACCAAAGCUCAUCAAGGACACUGCCAAGACAUUCCACGUCAGCAACACUGCUGACGGCUAUUGGCGUUGCAGUUUUGCCCUGACAGAGGCAACGGUGCUGAAAAAAUUGUCCCCCAUCAGACGACGUGUCAUGGUAAUGGGAAAGGUCCUGCUUUCCUGCCUCAAGACCGAGCCGUGGAUGCCACAGCACAUGAAGCACCUCUGCACCUGGUUUGUUGAUCGGGCGUGGAAAAUCAUCGUUCCAAACGGAUUCUGCUUCAAGAACGCUUUCCUUAGCUGGCUCCAGGAGCAGGCAGAAGAUCAGCAGGUCACCAGCCAGGAGGAGGCUCGGCGUUGCACAGAGGCACUGAUAGCCAUUUACAGGCAGCUGUGUGACGAGCCCGAAGUACUGCGGGGCCACCUGCGGCCAGGCCGGAUCUCUGCAUACUUUGGAGGAGAUUUCGAAGGCGUCAAACAGGGAGAAGGCGCUCCGCUCAUCGUGCGCUGCCUGGAGGAACAACUGGAGAAGGAACAAAAACAGUGAAAACGGUGGAAGGGAAUAUGAAGAGAAGAAAGAGGAACGAGAAUGCGAUGGACUUUGCUAGUGAGGACUGUUAAAAGAAAAAAAGAUACUUCCCUUCAAUACAUAUGUAGACAUUGUUAUGUCCCUCUAGGAAAAGUGGUUGACGUUCACUUUGUAGAA